UUUCCUUCUUCUUCUUUCCCUAUUCCACACAGUCAGUGAAAUAAAAUAUUCAUUCAACUCCCACAUCUACUAGAUCUUGUGAAGUCUCUCUCUUUUUUUUGAGAGUUUUAGGUCUAGUCUUUCUCCUUUCCGUGAAAGUUCUUCCGACUUUGAUUUUCUGCGACGGCGGCCACCCCACUGGGAUCGUUUGUCGCUAAGAAACCCUCACUCAGUUCACACCCAAAACCCCACUGUCUUCCGGUCACAGUUCUUCGCCUGUGAUCAUUUCUCUACAACAGUCGCAAUCAUGUCUGCCGAUAAAGGAUUGGAAGAAGUCCCUGAGGGUGUCUAUGCCUAUGGUUUCGAGCGUCCCUCUGCUAUCCAGCAGCGUGCCAUCAUCCCCAUCAUCAAGGGUAACGAUGUCAUUGCCCAGGCCCAGUCUGGUACUGGAAAGACUGCCACUUUCUCCAUCUCCGCUCUCCAGAAGAUCGACUCCAACCUGAAGGCCUGCCAGGCCCUCAUUGUCGCCCCUACCCGUGAGUUGGCUCAGCAGAUCCAGAAGGUCGUUGUUGCCAUUGGUGACUUCAUGAGCAUCAACUGCCACGCCUGUAUUGGUGGUACUGCUGUCCGUGAUGACAUGAACGCUCUCCGUGAGGGCCCCCAGAUCGUCGUCGGUACCCCCGGUCGUAUCCACGAUAUGAUCCAGCGCCGUGUCCUGCGCACCGACAGCAUGAAGCUCUUCAUCCUCGACGAGGCUGAUGAGAUGUUGUCUGUAAGUCACUACCCGCCCUUGAACGCCCAUGGAACACACAGUGUUGAUCAAAUAAAUAGCGUGGUUUCACCGAGCAGAUCUACGACAUCUUCCAGCUCCUCCCCCAGUCUACCCAGGUCACCCUGCUCUCUGCCACCAUGCCCCAGGAUGUCCUUGAGGUCACCACCAAGUUCAUGCGCGACCCCAUCCGUAUCCUGGUCAAGAAGCAGGAACUUACCCUUGAAGGUAUCAAGCAGUUCUACAUUGCUGUCGAGAAGGAGGAGUGGAAGCUCGACACCCUCUCCGAUCUUUACGAGACUGUCACCAUCACCCAGGCCGUCAUCUUCUGCAACACCCGCCGCAAGGUCGACUGGCUCACUGACAAGCUCACUGCCCGUGACUUCACUGUUUCCGCCAUGCACGGUGAUAUGGAGCAGGCUCAGCGUGAUGUUAUCAUGAAGGAGUUCCGCUCUGGUUCUUCCCGUGUCCUGAUCGCCACUGACCUUUUGGCCCGUGGUAUCGAUGUCCAGCAGGUCUCCCUGGUCAUCAACUACGAUCUGCCUGCCAACCGUGAGAACUACAUUCACCGUAUCGGUCGUGGUGGUCGUUUCGGUCGUAAGGGUGUUGCCAUCAACUUCGUCACUGCUGACGAUGUCCGCAUGAUGCGUGAGAUCGAGCAGUUCUACAGCACCCAGAUCGAGGAGAUGCCC